AUGGAGGAAAAUCUUCAAUUUCUGUUGUUUACUGAAUACCAGCAACAAGCUUUCACCAUGAAUUCUAAGAAGGAUAACCUAAAGCUGCCCGUGAAGUCCAUUAUUGAUGAUCCGUAUGAAGAAUGGUCAUAUGGAGCAGAUUUUGAUUGGGUUGAUGAAACAGAAGACGUGGCUGUAAAUCAUAUGGUUUGCUUGAUCAGUGAGGAUUUUAGGUUUCAGAAUGAAUUGUUUAAAGGUGGCCUUACCAGGAAUGAUCUUGCACGCAUGAGGUUCUGGAAGAAACAUAAAGAAAAAGAACCGAAAGAAAGAUUGACAAGAACAACGUGGUAA